AUGGAUACACCUGGAAGUGCUGAGCAGAUGCAGGAUGAUGAACCUAAAGACAUCGCUGAAAGACCAAAAUGGGACAAUAAAGUUCAAUACUUGCUAACCUGCAUAGGUUUUGCUGUGGGACUCGGUAACGUGUGGAGAUUUCCGUAUUUGUGUCAAACCUAUGGAGGAGGGGCCUUUCUGAUUCCUUAUGCCAUUGCGUUGGUGUUUGAGGGACUUCCUCUGCUGCACAUGGAGCUGGCCAUCGGACAACGGCUCCGCAUGGGAAGUAUUGGAGUGUGGAAUUCAAUCUCCCCUUACAUGGGAGGAUUAGGUGUUGCUUCCUUGGCAGUCUCCUUCCUAGUCGGCCUGUUCUACAACAUGAUCCUGGCCUGGAUCCUCUGGUACUUUUUCCACUCCUUUCAAAGCCCACUUCCUUGGAGGGACUGCCCAAUAAACUUGAAUCAUACUGGCUAUGUAAGUGAAUGUGAGAAGGGCUCGGCGGUGAACUACUUUUGGUAUCGUGAAACACUGAACAUCACACCAAACAUUGAGACCAGCGGCUCCUUUCAGUGGUGGCUCGUACUGUGUCUCGCAACUGCUUGGUGCCUCGUGUACAUCUGCUUCAUACGGGGAAUUGAGACUAUUGGAAAGGCUAUUUAUGUCACAGUCACCUUCCCAUAUCUGGUUUUGACCAUCUUCUUGAUCAGAUCACUGACUCUGCCUGGGGCCACAGAUGGCUUAAUAUAUCUCUUCACUCCAGAUUGGGAAACUCUUAAGAAUCCUGAUGUCUGGUUGGAUGCUUCUACUCAGAUCUUUUUCUCUUUGUCUUUGGCCUUCGGAGGACUUAUUGCUUUUUCCAGUUAUAAUGUUCAGAAGAAUGAUUGUGAGAGAGAUGCCCUAAUUGUUGGAUUGGUGAACAGUUUCACGUCAAUAUAUGCAUCCAUUCCAAUUUUUGCCAUUCUUGGAUUUAAAGCUAAUGAAAACUUCAAUAAGUGCAGAAAUUGGAACAUACUAAGAUUGACUAAUUCCUUCAACAUUGGGGAUGAGAACAUAACUCUGGAAAACUACGAUGACUGGUUUAACUAUUUCAACAAUACUGAUCCCUCAGAGGUCGAAAGCCUCAAUCUAAAGACGUGUAACCUACAGACGUUCCUGGAUGAGAGUGCGUCUGGAACCGGACUUGCCUUCAUUGUGUUCACUGAGGCGGUGAUACAUAUGCCGGGCUCUCAGGUGUGGGCGGUGCUCUUCUUCAUCAUGCUCUUCAGCCUGGGCCUGUCCUCCAUGUUUGGGAAUCUAGAGGGGGUCCUUACUCCUCUGCUGGACCUGAACAUUAUUCCAGCCUGGAUUCCUAAGGAAGUGUUCACAGGGCUAAUUUGCCUCACCUCCUUUACUGUGGCUCUCAUCUUCACGCUGGGCUCUGGAAACUACUGGCUGGGGAUUUUCAACAACUACGUGGGAUCCAUGCCUCUGCUCAUCAUAGCCUUCUUUGAGAUCAUCAGUGUGGUAUACAUCUAUGGAAUAAACAGGUUUAAUGAUGACAUUGAAUGGAUGACAGGUAGGAGGCCCAACAUCUUCUGGCAGACCACAUGGCGCUUUAUCAGCCCUUUGAUGCUUCUGGUGGUUUUUGUGGCAUACGUUGUAGUCGAGGCUGAAAAGAGACCAACAUAUAACGCCUGGAACCCAGAUUAUGUGAACUUCCCCCUUGCUGACGUUCAGCACUAUCCUGAAUGGGUUUACACUAUCUGUGUGCUCCUAUCUGUCCUUCCUAUUGUAUCCAUUCCUCUUGUGGCUUUCUACAGAUUCAUGGGCUUCUUGAAGAAGUACAUCAUGAACAGGAACAACCCAAAUCCAUACCAAAAUGAAUAA